CUGUUGGGAACGGGUGCAGUUUCCUGGGUGCGUGAAAGCGUCACACAGGACAAUGAAGUGGUUAGCUGGCGAUGUGGCGAGUGAGAAGAUAAAUUACAGCAGGUUGGUUGGCUGGCGUUGUCGCAUUCUCGGAGGAGGACAACGCAAACGAGGGAAUUAAAGUGUCUUAUGAGGACACACAGAUAACUGGAAUACCUGUGUUGAUAUCAUUUGGGAUAUAGGGGAGACGAGGGCAGCCCCGCGAGGGCAAGUGUGUGCUGCUGUGGCGGUCCUGCUAGCGAAAGAUGAACAAGCACCACCGAGUGCCGAGCAACCGAACCCUGAGCUCCGUGGAGGUGAAGAGCAAGUUUGGGGCCGAAUUCCGUCGGUUCUCCCUGGACCGGUCGAAGCCGGGCAGAUUUGAUGAGUUCUAUGGACUCCUGCAGCACGUGCACCGGAUCCCCAACGUGGACCUGCUGGUGGGUUACGCCGACGUCCACGGCGACCUGUUGCCAAUAAACAACAAUGACAACUACUACAAGGCCAUCUCUGUGGCUAGCCCGCUGCUACGGCUCUUCCUGCAGAGGAAAGAGGAAGCAGACUACUCUGCGUUUGGUACGGACUCUCUGACCCGUCCUAAGAAGACUGUCCUUGCUGCCGUGUUGCUGCGGCCUGAUGCCAACCGAAAGAAGCCCCCUGUGAUCAUUAGCCUGCCCAGGGACUUCAGGCCUGUCUCCUCCAUCAUCGACGUGGACAUCCUCCCUGAGACACACCGCCGGGUGCGCCUCUACAAGCACGGCCAGGAGAAACCAUUGGGUUUCUACAUCCGCGACGGCUCCAGCGUCCGGGUCACACCCCAGGGUCUGGAGAAGGUGCCUGGGAUCUUCAUCUCCCGCAUGGUGCCUGGGGGCCUGGCUGAGAGCACUGGCCUGCUGGCCGUCAACGACGAGGUGCUUGAGGUCAACGGCAUCGAGGUGCAAGGCAAGUCUCUGGACCAGGUGACUGACAUGAUGAUCGCCAACAGCCACAACCUCAUUGUGACGGUGAAGCCAGCCAACCAGCGCAACAACAUCAUACGGAGCAGUGGCGGAGGGGGUGGGGCGGCUUCCGGGAGUUCGGGUCGCUCUUCCGACAGCGGCGCCAGUUUCUACGGCUAUUUCACCCCGGGUGCUGCCAUAGCGACGACCCCGGCACACAUCAUCCAGAACUUCCACCCAGAGGAGCUAGAGAGUGAUGAGGAUGAUGAGGACCUGGUGAUAGAGGCAGACGGGGAGGCCGUGCCCAUCCCACGGGCAGCCUCGGCCAGCUGCAGCAUGCCCUCCCUGCCCCGCUACGAGCCCCACCUGAACCUCCGCUCCACAGCCAACGGAGCCCUGGCCUCCAGCACCGGUUCACUGAGCACGGUCAGCACGCCCGACAGGGGCCUAGAAGGAAGGAGCCUUGAGGAGGACGGCACACUCAUCACUCUGUAGACACAUACACCCUUCAUACUUGCACAAUAAUUACGGCACACACACAUUCAUACUUAAAUAGUUUUACUCUCGCUCUUAUAUGCAAAAACAUAGUCUUGCACAUACAUUCGGAUACCUUCAUGCAUACACAAAGAACACAAACGCCAAGACCUACGCAUGCGUGCCAUAGUAUCACCACAGCCCUCCCUACACUGUGACUGACAGACACAUUAAUUACACAUGGUGUUUGUGUGGAAGGGGAAACUCCUGAUUCAAAACCACAAAAAGCACUUGUUUCUAUUUUGGGAGACCGUUUCUAUAUUCUUCCUCUUGAGGGCAGGAAUGAGAUGGUAUUCUCAGUUGUGUUUUUUUUGUUUUUUGUUGUGUGAACUGUACGAAAGGACUGAUUUUAAUGAAAGGUGUGGGCAAAUGAAUGCACAUAUGUAUGCUCUGACCUCUCCCUAGCUAUUCUACCCUGGCUUGUUAGAUAGAGGAGACUGUCAAAUGUGCUCAAGACACAAUCUGCUUUUGCCUGGUCACUUUGCAAAUGACAACAACCCCUCCCCUAGGUGAUUACAGCAUGUGGGAACUAAAUGGCUUCCAUCCUACCUGUUACCAUAGUAACCAACAAAGAGCAGAGGUCUGCAAUAAUACUCUAAUUUUAGUCUGAGAAAAAAACUAAUUAUGGGCUUCUUUGUGUGGAUCCGAACAGGGUUAACCACUAUUGCUGUCUUUUUUUCCCCCCCAAGCUUUUAAUGUUGAUAAUCAUUAAAAACCAACUAGAAGCAAUUAUGCGAAGCAACUGGACUUUUGAAAAUCUCUACGGUUUAAUGCUGUUUUUUUUCUGUUUUUUUUCAAUCAAAUAAUUGACUGUAUGAUUUUUAUUUAGUGGAAAAUAAGUGUACUGCAACAUACCAUAUUGGAAUUCUAAGGACCCGUGGUUAAGGAACAUAUCUCUACAAUACUGUCGUCGGUCAAUAAUCCAGGAUGUCGUUGUGUGGGUGAGGAAGAUCCAUCUUAUUUCUUUUUAUUUUUCAUUGAACUUUUCUUUCCUCGUGACAAGGGCUAUUUCCCCACUUUGUCUAUAAAGCGUGACAGUAUGUGAUUGUAUAUGUGAUUCUCUGAUUUCUCUGACCAUGACUCUUCACUCAUCUCAGUAUGUUCCUCAUGUUCUCUCUCUUUUUUCAUCUGUCCAUGUUUUGUAUGGGCGGAAGUACAUGUAACCGAUAGGGUGGGCUUUCUUACAGUUUUCCAUCUAAGUUCACUUCGAUGUGGCCGGAAUCAUUCGUGUUUGAACAGUGCCCUCACUUUAUAUACAGUAUUUGUCCCGAUUUCAAAGAAUGUAAUACUGGUAUAGAUUGCACAUGAAUAACUGGACUGUGACUGAUGUUACAUAACUUAGAGCUAGGACACUAAUGCCCCAAGAGAGGAGGGAUGGGACUGUUGAAGAACCAAGUCGGCAGGAAGAAGUUACUAUUUUGACACUCUCACCCAUACCGACCCAGUCUCUGUGUUUGCACCUUGUUUGAGUAAGGUGGAAUCGUCUAGCGCUACACAUUGUAUAACUUGGAUCAGUUGAGGGAGUGCGUAUUCUCACCUGUUCCUUGUCACAUGUCUGUCACCUGAUGUCUGUCUGUACCUGUGGUUGUUCAGGAAGGUCAACACCAGCAAGGUGAUUUAGAAUGCCGGUAGCAUAGAUCCAACAGACUUGCCCAAAACAUUAGACAGUUUCUCACCAAACCAUAGCUGUGGGAAGUAGGUGUGCUGAAGGUGCUGCAGCACCCCCCAGCGAAGAAAAAAAACUGCAGCACCCCUGCCCGCAAGCUAGUUCCCGCGUCUAUGCACCAAACUACAAAUGCUUAACGUGAAACUGAUCAGGCGAGUACCGCAGAACAUCUUCAUUCCAAUAGAUUGUAGUUUUAUUCUCUGUGUGAUUAGUUGCCAUUGAGCUGUUGUGAAGUAUAUUUGGGAAUUAACACUAAGGCUGUACUCAACAUGUAAACAGUAAUAGAAGCUAACAUACUCCUUUGAGAGCAGAUGGGGCACUGAUGUGCAUCAUUUCUCAUAUUGAUUUUGGCUUUUGCUUGGGGAAACAAAAUGUACUGGGAACAGUUGCCUUACUCCCCUCUAACCCUCUCUACCGAGCUGGACUGCAGUCUGUCUUACCUGCAGAAGUAACUAAUGAGAAUCAUAAACACUGGAUCUGUGAUCAAACAUCUGCUCAGAGCAGGUUAAGUGAACUGAACUUCCACUCCCUAUCAUACUGACUCAUUGACACUGUGAGGUACUACUCCAUUCUCUGUUAUGGUACACACGGUGCUGAAGAGUUGAGAUUUGCUUUGUCUCAUUCCAAACAGUUCUGUAACAUUCAAAGCAUGACGAGUGACAUUUUGAAAGGCUGAAUUUUAGAAAUCUGUUUAAUUUAUUUUUGUUUUAACUACACCGGGCAUUGGGAUUGUAACCACAGCUAUUUAUUUUGUAAUCAUGUUUCAGCAUAGCAAUGAAAAGUCAUAUGUUUUCAUUUGUGUAACUGAUCCACUAUGUUAAUUCAUGGUUGAAGUUCAUGAUCUCAUUUAUUCCUGGUAGGUACUUCUUGUCCUUUUAAAAAGUAGUUUGAUUGAAUAGUUUUUCUGUACAAGCAGUUUAUAGGGGGGUAGAUUAUAACUCACUAUGACAGUUUUUUCACCCUCAUACUGUGAAUUCCUUUACUCUUGGAGAGCCUGUAUUUCAGAGAAUACACUAAACAGGCUUCGGAAUUAUUUUGUUUUGUCAGUUUUUUUUUUUUUUUUUAAGAUAAUGAGCAAGGAUUUUUGCUUGCUAGAUAAAUCCUAAGGUAUAGAUUUGUACUGAACAUUUUCAGUAUUUUCUUAUCAAUGCUAUAUGAUGUACAUUUUUAUCACAUUUAAUGAAAAUGUUUUAAAGUAGUAAAAUGUAUGAAUAGAGAUGCACAUGUAUAAUUGUUGAUUCCAUGAGCUGUAAAAAUAAACUAAUGUAGCAAUCA